GCAGCAAGGUUAUACAGCCUCAUGCAAAGCAAUGAUAACUCUUUAAAAGAAUCUAUUUUGGUAGAUAAUCUUGACCCUUCAAUAGAACAAACUUAUACCACCCAUCUUGAGACCAGCUUCUUCAACAUAUGA